CUCUCGACUAAAAUCCUCAGCCGGGCGAUGGCCUGGGUCUUAAGAGUGUCCUCCCUGCUGAGCUGAGGAGAUUUUUUCAGUGGAGGGAUGACGAGGGUUGCCCCCACUUCUGACAACAUCCUCUCGAUCAGGAAACCCUUGUCCGCCAUUAAUUCAUCUCCGGGCUGAAGUAAAUGCAAGAUCUGACAUUUCCGUGUUAUUUCCAUGUCGGAGAUGGAGCCUGUGUAGAGCUUUGAUACAAAUGUGAUAACACCACAUGGAGCUACACCAAUCAGCCCUUUAAAGGUGGUGUGAUUUUUGUAGCUCGAAAAGGUUUCUGACUGUAGUGAGAGGGAGGAUGGUGUUUCACAGCGGAUCUCGGUGCAGUCUACUAUAAGAAUCUGCAAGAACUUGUAACUAGCUACAAAGAACUAGCUAACUUUACGAAGAACACACUUGGCUGGCCUGACCAUCCUAACAUUUGAGUCAUAAUCCGAAGGAGAGAGACGCCACACUAGCAUCCAGGUACAUGUGAUAGUCAACUAAACAGUGGCAACUUUUGGAUCCUUUCAAUGCACAAUAUUCUCAAGCCCUUUCACGGUCCAUAAAAAAACGUGUGUUCGGGUGUAGUGGAGGAUGGAAUUAUAAUUUUGUGUCGAGUUCAACAAAAAAAAAAUCAUAGUAGACCAACGCCCCACAAUAUGUUUGAAUGAUAAGAAGCUAUAGAAAACAACUGAACUGAAAGACGGGAAGGCCCAGUUGCUAUAACAUAUUUAUAAAGCUGGGAGACACAGCAGCAAGAUGCUGUCCGCUGCAGACAUGGAUUCACUGGCCAGUGUGAGGAGGAGUCUGGUCCGUCAGACAUCUUAAUGAAGGCACUGUUCUGGCUGAGAACUGAGACUGGGGUCCUAAAAGGCUGACAAGUGCGGCACUGUCCUCUCCUGCUGUUGGGUAGCCUUUAUAUUCUGUGUAGUAGGAUCCCCCCAUUGCCCCCUAAAGCCUCAAGAUGGGCCCGUUCUUAGACUUCAACCCCUUUGAUAACCUGCUGUGCAUUCUCUUGGGCAUCUCCUUCACGGUGUGGUUCACCCUACUGCUCGUCUUCAUCAUCGUGCCUGCCAUCUUUGGAGUGUCCUUUGGCAUUCGACGGCUCUACAUGAAAACCCUACUGAAGAUCUUUGAGUGGGCCACGCAUAGGAUUGAAAGAGGAGCCAAGGACAACAACCAUCUCUUGUACAAGCCCUACUCUAAUGCCAUCAUUGCCAAGGAGCCCACCUCCCUGGAGGAGGAGAUCAAUGAGAUCCGGCGCCGCGGCAGUAACCGGGACCUGGACUCCGCUACUGAGUUUGAGAUGUCUGACAUCUUCUACUUCUGCCGGCGAGGAGUGGAGAGCAUCAUGGACGAUGAGGUGACCAAGAGGUUCUCUGCUGAGGAGCUGGAGUCAUGGAACCUGCUGACCCGUAGCAACUAUAACUUCCAGCACAUCAGCCUGAGGCUGACGGUCCUGUGGGGGCUGGGGGUGGUGAUGCGCUACGGCUUCCUGCUGCCUCUCAGGGUAACUCUUGCCUUCACCGGUGUGGGUCUUCUUGUCGUUCUCACCUCCAUCAUCGGGUUUCUUCCAAAUGGGAGGAUGAAGAACUUCCUCAGUGAGCAGGUGCAUCUGAUGUGUUACCGGAUCUGUGUCAGAGCGCUCACUGCCAUCAUCACCUACCACGACAGUGAAAACAAGCCCAAGAAUGGAGGGAUCUGUGUGGCCAACCACACCUCACCCAUCGACGUCAUCAUCCUGGCCAGUGAUGGCUGCUAUGCAAUGGUUGGGCAAAUCCAUGGUGGUUUGAUGGGUGUGAUCCAGAAGUCUAUGGUGAAAGCCUGCCCACACAUUUGGUUUGAACGCUCUGAAGUCAAAGAUCGACAUCUAGUGGCCAAAAGAUUGAGUGAUCAUGUAGAAGACAAAACUAAACUUCCUAUUCUCAUUUUCCCCGAAGGCACCUGCAUCAACAACACUUCAGUAAUGAUGUUUAAAAAGGGCAGCUUUGAGAUUGGCUCCACAGUCUACCCUGUGGCCAUCAAGUACGACCCCCGCUUUGGAGAUGCCUUCUGGAACAGCAGCCAGUUUGGGAUGGUCAACUACCUGCUGAGGAUGAUGAGCAGCUGGGCCAUUGUGUGCAGUGUGUGGUACCUGCCACCCAUGAGCAGAGAGGAAGGAGAGGAUGCAGUCCAGUUUGCCAGUCGGGUCAAAGCAGCUAUCGCCAGGCAAGGAGGGCUGGUGGACUUGCUAUGGGAUGGUGGUUUAAAGCGAGGGAAGGUAAAAGAUACGUUCAAAGAGGAGCAACAAAAGUUAUACAGCAAAAUGCUAGUGGGAACCCAAGAGGACCGCAGUCGUUCUUGAAGACAAACGCAGGGAGUUUGAGAUGAUCAGAGACCCACUUGCGGACAACAGAAUGAACAGUCUUCUGCACCCUAACAGAUUUUUUGACCUGGAAUACUCCAACCCUCAUGUCAGGAAUACUUCACUUGGCUUCCUCGGUCAGUGCCUCAGCUUGGCAUAUUAAGUUGUCAUUGCUGUUACAGCCCAUUAUGGGCCCUGUCUCUGUCCUCUGUUUCUAAUGAUUUGAAAAUGGACUGGCCUCUACUGCACCAGCCAGCGUGUCAUGAUGCUGUGCACUAAGAUAGUUUUCUCACCAUCAGGGAAGCUAAAACACUGUCUUUUAAGUGACUAAUAUAUUUAUGUUCUUCAUUGAGUUAAUGUAUAUGGUUUGUUCUUAUCCUGUCUCUUUUUUAUGUUUUAUUAUUGUUAAUACUAUUAUGACAGUUAUUAUCAUAAUUGUUCUUUAAGUUACAAGUGAUCUGCCAGGGGACGUAGCAGUGCACAUAGAGAAGUACUGGAGAGUUUGUACUGAAGGGAAAAUCUGUGACCAUGUUGGGAGAUGCAUGGCUGGCUUGUACCCGACACGGCCGAGAUGGCAAGGUGCCACAUAAAUGUUUCUAAUACUUUUUUGUAUUGUUUUUUUUUUCUCAGUGAAAGCCUUUUGUUUUAAGCAUUGUAUUCACAUGUGUAAAAUAUAGGAGUUAAGUUAAAGUGGAGCUUGGGUUUUGUUUUCUUUGUUUCUCUUGUCUCCAUGAAAUGUGGAAGACUGUUCACAUUAUGAUGUGGAGAAUAUACAUUUUGUGACUGAUGGGGUUGUUGAAAUGUAGUAGAUACUCCACCGUCGUCCCAUCUAAACUAGCCUACGUAAUCUAAACACUUUCUUCUGCCUCCCGUCCUUACCUACCGUGUAGCUAAUUUCUGAGCUGUGUAAUGACUGAGGCCUCUGCCACCGACACCUCACGAUAGCUGUGGGUUAAGCAGCAUUGUGUGCUUUUAAUUAGUUUACUUACAAAUGUUUGGUUAUAAUAUGGUUAUAACGUCAUAUACUGGGCCACGGAUGUGAAAAAUAUGCCUUGUUCCCUAGCUGCUAAAUCUAUUAAUACUUCCAUGAAGGCUUCUCAUCUGUGGGAAUCCUCUUGCCAAAUUCACUCCAGAAAAUGACCUCUGUUAGCUGUCAUGUUUUUUUAGCAACUAUCUUCCCAUAGCUUGGCAGCUUCUUCGAGUGGGCCUUAAGGAGAGGGAGUGCAGCUGCAGAGUUAGACUUAUGCCCUGAUAGGCUGCAGUGCAAGCCUAGUGGAAAUCCCUGGCCCUCGCCUUCCUCAAACUCCUGUUUGGUUCUUUCAUCCCAGUACUGUUCUAGGGGUAUAAACGUUCUGAUCAAAUGUGUCCAAUGUUGACCAAUAAAAAUCCCCAAGUUUAAUUGAUGUAAAAUGAGCUACUGAGAGCACUGUCGAUGCGAGCAUAUGCCAUUCUCUUUUGUUCUCAUUAGUGUACAAGAAAAUACACUUGGCUAGGCUUGUUGAAAAGAGUGGCCUUUGACCUCAGGAACCCCUAAGAAGAAGUAUUCCAUCAGAAUUCAAAGCAUGAAGCAGGCAUUCAGGUAAGGAAGGUUGCCAGCAGUGGGCCUGCUGGCUGGCUGUGGGUGUGUUGACUACAUUUUACCCUGUAUCAGGUUCCUUUCAAUAUUUUGUUGGCUGCCUGACUGCUAUUGUUUGGCGUGUUAUUGAUGCUUCACAGUAGCCAUUGAAGUAUUCCUGUUUCUGAAUGUCAUCCAAAAAACUAAGUGUUGCUAUAAUAAUGGUUAAUGGGGUUGAAUAAAUAAUUUCUAUGUGGGGAUCAUUUCAAGUUCCUAUAAGGGAUACAUUAACCAACUAUUAACACUAAAAUAAUAAAUAGUUUAAGACUG